AUCACUUGCAUCAUUGAUUUCCAAGAAAAUAAUCAAACCCUCUAUUCUCACUCCUCCUUCUCUAAGAUCUCACAAACUUUCCUUUAUUGAUCAAGCUAUUCAUAUGUCUAUUUCUAUGGCAUUUUUCUACCCAAAAACUGGCACUAAUGUUCACAAGUCAUAUGAACUUCUUGAAAAAUCCCUUUCUAAAACACUUUCAUUUUAUUAUCCUUAUGCUGGAAGGUUGAAUAAGGAUGGUCGCUCUGUUGAUUGUAAUGAUAUGGGAGUUGAGUUAUCACACGUUCGUGUACAUUGCCCCAUGUCUCAAAUUCUUAAACAACCUUACACUCAUGCUGAACAUGUAGUUUUUCCAGUAGAUCAACCUCAUGGCCACCAGAAAGGAAAUUUAGCCAUAACUCAGGUAAGCCAUUUUGAUUGUGGAGGAAUAGCAAUUGGUGGAUGUACAUCACACAAGAUUGGAGAUGGUUGUACAGCCAGCAAUUUCUUCAACAACUGGGGAGUAUUGACCCGUGAUAUAAGUGCAACACCAUCUCCUCAUUUUGUUGGAAAAUCCAUCUACCCUCAAUCUAAUAAUCCUUUUGUUAUAUCAACUAUCGAGUUCGAAGAACCAACAUAUCUAGGAAAAAGGUUCAUAUUCCCAAUUGAUAAAUUGAAUUCACUCAAAGCUAAAAUUGCUCAUGAAUCAGGAGUUCAAAAUCCGAGCAGAACUGAAAUUGUGAGCGCACUUCUUUACAAAUGUGCUCAUGUAGCUGUUGCUGGAAGAAGAUCGACAAAUUUUGAUUCAUUUAAACCAUCUUCCUUGUUUCAAGUUGCAAAUAUGCGCCAAAGGCUCAACCCACCUUUGUCACAAGAUGCAUGUGGAAAUGUCAUAUCAGGUUAUUUUGUGAAAAUAAAUAAUGAACGAGAUGUAAAUUGUCCGAAAUUGGUAAGCGAAUUGAGGAAGGAAAAAAUGAAAAUUAACGCUACAAAAAAUGUCAUUAUCUCAGAAGUAAUUGAUUCACUUGAAAAAGGAAAUACACCAUUUCAUAGCAAUAUAAUUGAUAACUUUUUUUGUACCAGUUUGAUGUCAUACCCGUUUUAUAAAAUAGACUUUGGUUGGGGGAGGCCAGCUAGAGUGAGUUUUGCAACAGGGCCUUUCAAUAGGUGGUUUUAUUUGUUGGAUAAUCAAAGUGGAGGUGGAGUUGAAGUCAUAGUCAAUUUGGACGAACAAGAUAUGGCUAUAUUUGAAAGAGAUCCCGAGCUUCUCGAGUUUGCUAGUCCAAUUUCAAAUAUCUAAUUAAAAGUAGGGGGAAUUUAAUCUCAUAUUGUCUUAUAAAUAAUUAAAAUGUGUUCAAGUCCAGCUUAUUGUGACUUGUGCUAGACUAGUAUGUUGCGUUUUCAGUCGUUG